UCAAAAGAUUCUUGAGAGCAAAUCCAUCUUGGGUCACUGCGUCUGUGUAGACUCAUAUUCACUUUUUUGUUAUGUCGACAAGAAGAAGAAUACUGCCUCCAUGCCUGGCUGCUCAGGCACAACCUCCCUUUUCAAUAUACAAAUGAACUCCUAGCCUUUAUCUCCUGAGAAACCUUCCCUCACGCUCGCGUCAAUCUUCAUCCCGUUCCUAUCUGCGACCGACCAGCAAAACCCUUGCUUUCCUCUGAUACCACAAGCCACCAUGGUUCGCAAUAUCGUGGUCCUUGGGGGGUCCUCCCAUCCUGCUUUGACGCAGACCAUAUGUGAAAUGCUCGGCGUUGAGCAAGGACAAGCGCUUUUUUCAAAGUUCGCAGUCGGAGAAACGCGCGUCGAGAUAGGUGAAUCAGUCCGGGGUAAAGAUGUCUACAUCAUACAGUCGGGCGGUGGACCGGUGAACGACCACUUCAUCGAGCUUCUCAUUGCCAUAUCAGCCUGCAAGACCGCUUCCGCCAAAAAGGUGACCGCAGUUCUUCCUCUAUUCCCCUACUCUCGCCAAUCGGAUGUCCCUUACAAUAAGACCGGUGCACCUUUGAUCAAAGCGUCAAACAUCACCAGCAAGCUUGUUCCAGAUGGCAAUGGAUACACUUUCGACAGUAUUCCACCAACCCCACAUCCGGAGAAGCACGACGGCCAGGGGUUGACAAAUGGACAUACACUCAGCAGAAUGACAUCAAAGUCACAGCUUGAUGAAGUGGAAAACAGUCCUACCAACCAAGCACGUUUCAGUCAGUAUCGCGAGCCCAACACCCAGUCGCCCAACAAGAAACGUCGAGACUCAGCCGCCUCAUUGACCAACGGUGUUGUAACGAACGACUUCGCCUCAGCGCCUAAGCAGGACCCUACAGAGACUUUCAAGCCUCGCCCUGGCUACCGACAAUGGGUUGCACAGGCAGGGACUCUAGUGGCAGACCUUCUCACCUGCGCUGGUGCAGACCACGUUAUUACCAUGGACUUGCACGAUCCUCAGUACCAAGGGUUCUUUGACAUUCCGGUCGACAAUCUCUACGGUCGACCUCUGCUAAAGAAGUAUAUCCAGCAAAACAUUCCCGACUACAAGAACGGCGUCAUUGUUAGUCCGGAUGCCGGUGGUGCCAAACGAGCAACUGCGAUCGCUGACGCUUUGGGCAUUGAGUUUGCUCUCAUUCACAAAGAGAGGAGACCUACCAAGAUCACCGAUAGGCAGAAUGCUACCAUGAUGUUGGUAGGAGAUGUGACUGGAAGACUGGCCAUUUUGAUUGAUGAUUUGGCCGACACCAGCAAUACAAUCACACGAGCAGCUAAGCUGUUGAAGAAAGAAGGCGCCAGCAAAGUCUACGCCUUAGUCACGCAUGGGGUUUUGAGUGGUGACGCGAUCGACAGAAUCAAUGCCAGUGCCCUUGACAAAGUGAUAGUCACGAACUCUGUCGACCAGGCCGAGCAUCGCAAACGAUGUCCUAAGCUUGAAGUCCUCGAGGUUGGACAUGUCUUUGCCGAGGCUAUUCGACGUGUUCACUAUGGAGAGAGUAUCAGCGUCCUCUUCCAGUACGACUAGAUCGAGCCAACAAAUCAUCAACAAAGCCCAACGUGCGACGGUGCUGUGUUAUGAGCACCGGAAAUCACGGAAAUCUCACGACAUGAAUCGACUUGAGCACAAAGGUUUCACACGAAGUACGACGCUCUUCCCAAUACAAACAAGUCCAUGUAAACAAAAUCGUGCAAGUGGUCAGCACAUCGCAGACUUUAUCCGAUGGCAUCCUAUGGUACACCUCCAAUAGGGGGCAUCGAGGCGAGGAAA